AUGUAAAUUGAUACAUCUCUAGCAUCAUCAUAGAAUAGAAAGUCCUCAUAAACUUCAUCGUCAACUGAAAAUUUGGAUAUUAACAAUCCAGAGGAAACAAUAGAGUCUGAGUUAGAUGAUGAUGACCUACUAUAUGAGGAUGAAGAUGAUGACAUCGAGGAUAUAAAACUUGGAGGUGCUGAUAAACCCUAAGAUAAAGAGAACGGGGAGCCAAAUGAUUUGAACUAUGAUGAUGAGGAAUCAGAGAAGGAGAAUAAGAAAAAGUAGAAACUCAACUUUAGGCCAAAGAUCAAAAACUAUAGUGAAAUUGAAGGAGGUAAAAAUAUAGAUAGCUAUAUGAAUGAUAGUGAGGAUGAUGACUAGAAGUGCCACAAUUUGGAUGAUGUUGAUCUUUUUGACAAUGGCUGUGGGCCUAAUUAAUCUAAAAAUCCCUAUGGAGGAAGCACUAUUGAAUAAGAUGCUGAAAACUUUUCAUCUUCUGAUGAAAUUGUCAAAGAAGAAGUUCUUUAUGAAAGAAAGCUUGCCUAAGGCAAAUCACUUAAGCCACGAAAUGUAAAGAGAUUUGGGAUUCUUAGAGGUGAGACGCCUAAAGCCUACGAUCCUGAUGAGGAUGAUGAUGAUGGCAUCGCAACAUCGACAAGACUUUUUAAAUUUAACAGUAAUAAAAAUAAAGAUGGUUAAAUAAUAAGGAGAAGAGGAAGACCUGCAAGGAGAUCAGGCAAGAAAUUGAAAGAGGGAGGAAAAUGA